AUGUUUUGCUAUAAUACCCUACAUGAUAACCUGGUCUAUUCAGUAUUUGUAAGAGCGUGGUAUGAUGAUAAAAGAUAUUAUGUUUAUAAAUCACCUGGUAUCACUGUUGUCUCUAAACCACCAACUCUGACUUAUUUAGGAGGAGCAGCUGUUAAAGAAUUAGAACAGACAACUGGUAAUAAAGAUAUUGACUACCAAAUAAACAACAAUACAAUAAUAGUUGGUUGGAAAGUUAAAUUUAAUGGUGGCAUUCAUGGUGUAGAUUAUUACCAGAUUUAUAUCAGUACACAUCCACAAGGUCACAAUAUCCAUAGGAGUGACACAAAAUUAUCGCCACAGCAGAAAUCAUUCAGUAUAUCUGGAGUAAAGUUACAAGAAGAUAAGAUAUAUUACAGCACAGUUUUAGCCUUUAACAAAGCUGGGUUAUGUAGCUGGAGCACCAGUGAUGGCAUCAUAAUUGAUUCUACACCACCUUCAACUGGUAUCAUACAUGAUGGAUUAGACCCACACGACUCUGAAUACCAGUCAUCUGAUAGCUUGCUUGCUGCUUCGUGGUACGGUUUCUCUGAUAUAGGAUCAGGUAUUGUGAAUUAUAUCUGGUGUGUUGGUAGACAGAAUGACUCCACUACUUGUGAUAUAUUACCAUGGACUAAUGUUGGUUUGAAAAUAAAAACCACUGAUAUAUCACCUAUGGAAUUGCAUUCAGGAGAUAAGAUCUAUCAUAAAGUAUAUGCUGUAGACGGUAGUGGUUUACAAUCACAAGUUGCUGUCUCUAAUGGGAUUAUUAUUGAUACUUCACCACCUGAACCAAGCUACCUGGAAUUUAUUGGAGAGAAUCUCAUCCUUAAUCCCUCAUUUGAAUCAAUAUCUGAUGACACAACAACUUCUUGUAAUUCUAACAUCCCGGAGGAUUGGUCUACAGAUUCACAAUCUUGUGUUAAAACUCGAUCAUCUCAACAUUCAACAGCUCAUGAUGGUGAAGUUUAUAUCACAAUAACAGAUCAGAUUCAACAAACGAUUCAAAAUCUAGAUACAGAUUGUUCUUAUCAGCUUACUGUACAUGUUGGUUACCCACAUGACAUCUUAUUAUCACAUCAUAUGGUAGAAGGUUUUAUUAGAUUGGGACAUGAAAUAAACAGUUUUAAACUGAAUCCAGAUCUCUGUCAGGGUGACUGUUCUGAACUUGUCGAUGUGAUUCAUUGGUAUAAAUUCAACUAUAUUUAUCAACCAAUAAAUACACGAGAGAAAUUAGUAAUUGGUACAACAAGAAAUAAUAUGAUAUUGGCUAUAGAUGAUCUAGAACUCAGAAAAAUAAAUCAUGUAUCAUUGAAAGAUACCAACAAUAAUCAUAUAGUAUAUCACCCUACUUUUACACCUCACUGGUCUUCCUUACAUUUUAACUGGUAUAUUAAAGAUAGGGAAAGUUCUAUUGUGGAGUAUCAGUGGGCUCUAGGUACAGUGAAAGGUGGAACUCAGAUCAGAGAAUUUACAACAACUGGUGAUAGAAGCCACGUGACUGUUUCUAAUCUACCUUUGGAUCACAACACUCGGCUAUAUUUCACUGUUAAAGCUCGAAAUGGUGCUGAUCUAACCUCUCUAUCACAUAGCAACUAUAUGUUGGUGGAUACUACGCCUCCUGUUGUGAUUUAUAUACAUGACGGUACAGGUGGAGAUGUUAAUUACCAGACUCGUAAGGUUAUAGCUGUCAAUUGGAAAAUAGAAGAUCCACAAUCUGGUAUUGACUACUGUCUCUGGGCUAUAGGUUCUGUGCGAGGAGGAAAUGAUAUACAGAAGUUUACAAGAAUACAGAAAGACGAGAAUAAAGCUAGUAGAGAAUAUACUGAGAGAGAACCUAUAAAAGUUUAUUCUACUAUUAGAUGUUAUAAUAAAGUUGGUCUACAAGUAACAGUUACAACUGAUGGUGUUCAACUCAUUGAUUCUAAUAAACUUAUUACUAACGAUAGAGAUAUCAAAAUAGCCAAGACAUUAGAUGGUUUAACAUUAAUGAUAUCCUGGACAGAUAUAUUUGAAUCAUACUGGAAAGAUUUAACUUAUGAAGUUAGUCUUGGUACCAAACAAGGUGGUGGAGAUGUUAUGCAGUGGCAAGAGACAAAAGAUAAAAGUCUCCGUUUGACAUUACCUAAACAUUCGAAAUAUAAAUAUCUAUUUUUAACUCUUACUGCAGUAGAUCCUUGUGGUUUAUUUAGUACUAUUCAGAAAACCAUUUUGUUGUAG